UCAGUCUCUCCUCCUCGCCUCCGCCUCGGCGACAAAACCAUCGGGCAGUCGUCGCCUCCGCCCCUCGCCCAUCCAUCUUCCCGGGUUCCCUCCCCGCCAGAUCCACCGGACCCCCGCCGCCGCUCGCCGCUCUCCGCUCUCCGCCUCGCAACCUGCUGCGCCGGGGGCGACGGGAGCGAGCGGCAGACAAAAAGCCAUUCCAGCCGCCGGUCCUGGGCUGGGGUGGGGCCGGCUUCACCCCCUCCUAUCCUUCUGCCGCUGUUUUGAUAUGCCCCGUCACCAUGGGCGGCAAGACUAUUCAGGUGUCAGGGUUUCCUUCAACUGUCAAUGCUGACCAUGUCAAGGAUUUGUUGGAACAAAUUGUUGGCACUGGCAACGUCUUUGCGGUCAAGCUCAGGCCUCCCAAGAACAUCUCUGCAAACUCAAGAUCUUUUGCCAUUGUUCAGUUCCAGUCUGAGGCACAUGCUUCGCUGGUGUUGAAUGCGGCCCAACGGAAUGCACUUAGGAGCGGAAGUCAUUAUCUGAAGGCCCGAUAUGCAGAGCGUGACAUUGUUCCGAGACCAAGAACUACGAUUUUUAAUCUACAGGGUGCAAAACUGCAUUUUGGCUGUCUUCUGAAGGAAAGAGUUCUAUCUGUUCUGUGGAGCGGAACAGAUGUUUCCGUUGAGUUUGGAUUUGCUAUGAAGAGGAUUGACUUUUGCCUGAUCUACAACUCGAAGAAAUACAAACUUGAACUCUCCUACGAGAGCAUAUGGGAGAUCCAGCUUCAUCGUCCACCUGGGUUGCAAAAAAAGUUCCUUCUGAUUCAGGUUCAGGCUGCUCCGAAAAUUUAUGAACAAAAUAUACGCCUCUCUGGUUCUAUGUACGAUGAUCCUUUAUUCAACUAUUUUAGGGAUGAUACAGAUGACCAGUGGACCAGAACAACUGAUUUUACUCCGUCAGCCAGCAUUGGGCAAUCAUAUAUCCUAUGUCUGGAGCUACCACAUAUUUGUUAUCUCCCGAACAUCCGAGAGUACUUUGUUUACUAUGAAGUACACAAUGACAUCUUCAAUCUCCAGCCUGGAUAUUCAUAUUCUAGCAAUACUUGCUUUGUUCCAGUUGUGAAAUCUCAUUAUUUCACUGAUGUCCCCUAUGAGAUACUCUUUAAGAUCAACCACUUGGUUCAGAAUGGGACACUUAGUGGGCCAACACUUGAUGACAACUUCUACCGUCUGGUCAGCCCAGGAUAUGAACGUAUUGACCGUAUAAAGCGUGCACUUGAAAAGAUGUCGUACCUAAAAAAGACUUGUUUGAAUCCAACAAAUUGGUUAUCUGAACAAUACAAAAAAAUGCGGAGAUCACGCGUGUUAACAUCACCAAACAUAACUCUGGAUGAUGAUGGGUUGGUAUAUGUUUACAGAGUGCAAAUUACCCCUGCAAAAGUGUACUUUUAUGGUCCUGAGAUUAACGUCUCGAAUCGUGUUGUGCGGAAUUAUGCUGCUGAUUUGGAUAACUUCCUUCGGAUUUCGUUUGUUGAUGAGGACUGUGAGAAGCUCCGUUCAACUGAUUUAUCACAACGCUCUGCUCCAGGAAAUAAUACAAGGAGGACUGCUCUUUAUAACAGAGUUCUUUCGGUCCUUUCAAAUGGCAUCACUAUCGGUGACAAGCACUUUGACUUUCUGGCAUUUUCUUCAAGCCAGCUCCGAGAUAACUCUGCAUGGAUGUUUGCUUCUCGGCCAGGGUUAUCUGCCAGUGACAUCAGGGAGUGGAUGGGGAACUUCCGUAAUAUUAGAAAUGUGGCAAAGUAUGCUGCCAGGCUUGGUCAGUCAUUUAGUUCCUCAACAGAGACUUUGAAAGUGCAUAAGUAUGAGGUGAAAGAAGCUCCAGAUGUAACAAAUGGUACAGAGUAUGUAUUCUCGGAUGGAAUUGGAACCAUUUCAGCAGAUUUUGCAGAUGAAGUGUCUAAGAAGUGCAACUUGACCCGCUUUACUCCCUCCGCUUUCCAAAUAAGAUAUGGAGGUUACAAAGGUGUUGUUGCUAUUGAUCCAACAUCACAGUGGAAAUUAUCUUUAAGAAAAAGUAUGUCAAAGUUUCAGUCAGAUAACAUCACCCUAGAUGUCCUUGCAUACAGCAAAUACCAGCCAUGUUUCCUGAACCGGCAGUUAAUCACUCUUCUUUCGACACUCGGAGUCAUAGAUAGCAUAUUUGAACUGAAACAACAAGAAGCUGUGCAGCAGUUGAACAGAAUGGUAGCUGAACCACAAGCUGCUAUUGAUGCAAUUGAGCUUAUGCCCAUGGGAGAAAUUACCAACAUUGUUAAAGAGUUGUUGUUAUGUGGCUACCGGCCUGAUGUUGAACCAUAUGUUUCUAUGCUUCUACAAACCUUUAGAGCAUCCAAGCUGCUAGAAUUGAAAACGAGGUCAAGGAUAUUUGUCCCAAAAGGACGAGCAAUGAUGGGAUGCCUGGAUGAAACCCGCACACUGAAGUACGGACAGGUAUUCAUUCAAGCUUCUAAUAGUGCAGAUGACCGUGGAAAGUCUGUCGUAACUGGAAAAGUUAUCGUUGCCAAAAACCCUUGCAUCCACCCUGGUGAUAUCCGUAUUCUCCAGGCUGUUCAUAGUCCUCUUCUGGGCCACAUGGUUAACUGUGUUGUCUUUCCACAGCUGGGGCCAAGGCCUCAUCCUAAUGAAUGUUCAGGGAGUGAUCUUGAUGGGGACAUCUAUUUUGUUUCAUGGGACCCAGAUCUCAUUCCAACUCGUAUGGUGGCGCCUAUGGACUAUACUCCAGCACCAACAGAAACAUUAGAUCAUGAUGUUAUGAUUGAGGAAGUACAUGAGUAUUUCACAAAUUACAUAGUUAAUGAGAGUCUGGGAAUCAUUGCCAAUGCACACGUAGUCUUUGCGGAUAGGCAAAGCUUGAAGGCUGAAAGUACACAAUGCAUUAAGCUGGCAGAGCUCUUCUCCAUUGCUGUUGAUUACCCAAAGACAGGAGUGCCGGCUCAAAUUCCGCAUGAACUACAUGUGAAGGAGUAUCCAGAUUUUAUGGAGAAGCUCGACAGGGCUACCUAUGUAUCCGAGGGAGUAAUAGGGAAGCUCUACCGGGAAAUUAAGAAGCAGAACCCUCACAUUAGACACUUCACAAAGGAUGUGGCAACGCUGUCUUAUGACACUGAUUUAAUAGUUGAUGGCUACCAAGACUACAUUACCGAAGCUGUGUGGUUCAAGGAAGAGUAUGACUUCAAGUUGGGUAAUCUGAUGGAGCACUACGGAAUAAAUAGCGAGGCUGAGAUAAUAAGUGGAUGCAUCCUUAAGAUGGCAAAGAAUUUUACCAAGAAGAGUGACGCCGAUGCUAUCAGACUGGCGGUGAAAUCUUUGCGGAAGGAAGCAAGGUCAUGGUUCAGUGAGAUGGGUUCAGAUGAGAGCGGAGAUGGCCACAAGGCCUUGGUCGCCAAGGCAUCCGCUUGGUAUCAUGUUACCUAUCACCCACAGUACUGGGGUUGUUACAAUGAAGGAUAUGAUCACCGGCCACACCUCAUCAGUUUUCCAUGGUGUGUCUAUGACAAGCUGAUUCUCAUCAAGCAGAAGAAGAACAUUGCCAGGAAGAUGCUCGAUCUCCAGAACAGAAUGAGACGGAACACAAUAUUGGGCUGAGUGCGACCAUCAGGUCGUUGUUGGUCUUGUACAUAUAUUUGAACAUGUCGAUUCUUGUGCUAGAAUGAUCGCCCAAGUGCGAUUGUGAUUGUUAACUCAGAUGUGUUGACGUACAUGUGGCGACGAAGCACGAACCUUGGGGGUCUUUGGAUGCAGUCGUCGAAUGUAUUUCUGUGCUAUGAUCUGUGGCGUACCUAGUUUUCCCCUGCCUUUUUGGUAAUAUGCGUACUGCAUGUUCAGAAAUGUAUGGAAGACCCAACUAUCAGCUUGCUUGUACGACGAGUAUCAAUGAAUCUUUUUUCCUUA